AUGUUGCAGCUUCUGCUCGUUGCUGUGUUAUCGUUACACUCUCUCCUCCCCUCGCUGCUCUGUGACAACUUGAAUUGCUACUACAGCCCCAUCCGGGAGAAGAGGACGUUUAAGCCUACUGUGACAGAGUGUCCUCCUAAUGAGCUGUGCUUCAAGGCAGUAGGUCGCUACGGCAACCACAGCACCCUGUCGGCUCGGGGCUGCAUGGUGGAAAAGUACUGCAGGAAGAAGCACAGCAAGCGCUUCAAAGGGACAGUCUACACCAUGAGCUACAGCUGCUGCGACUGGCCGUACUGUAACUCAUGCCUGGGCAUCGCAGCCAACCUGCUCCACGUCGCCGUGGCGCCUGUGGCUGCAGCAGUGAUGGUGGCCCUUGACUUGAGGCGGCUGAUGGUUUAG